AUGGAAUGCAGAUUAAAGAAGAAUUUAUUCAACGCAUAUGGGUGGAGACAGAUGACAACCCCGAGAAAGAAGACAAUCGAAAAACAGUCGAGAAUUUAUUCAACACCAAAAUUCGAACCAGAAGAAGAAUGUGAAAGUAUGUUUCUCUUGGUUCAUCAACAAACAGUCGAGAAAGAAGACAAUCGAGAGAUACAUCAUAAGUGUUCUGUUCUUUUACCGAUUUGGGAGGGGAAUGAGAUAAUUGAGCAGAAGAAAACCAUUGAAAAGGGUUUUAUUGGGUAUUUAGUCGUGGGUUGGGGUGGGGUGGUGGGAGCUCAAGCCAACUAUGGAUGGUGA